UUUGGUCCUCUGUGGCGCAAUGAGCUCCUUCCAGGGACAGAUGACCGAGUAUCCGACUAUCUCCAUAGACCGCUUCGACAGGGAGAAUCUGAAAGCCCGCGCUUAUUUCCUGUCCCAUUGCCACAAGGAUCACAUGAAAGGAUUAAGGGCCCCUACCUUGAAAAGAAGGUUGGAAUGCAGCUUGAAGGUUUUCCUGUACUGUUCCCCGGUUACUAAGGAGUUGUUGUUAACGAGCCCAAAAUACAGAUUUUGGGAAAAACGAAUUAGAACCAUUGAAAUUGAAACUCCUACCCAGAUAUCAUUAGUUGAUGAAGCAUCGGGUGAGAAGGAAGAGAUUGUUGUGACCCUCCUACCAGCCGGUCAUUGCCCAGGAUCAGUUAUGUUUUUAUUUCAGGGCAAUAAUGGAACUGUUUUGUACACAGGCGACUUCAGAUUGGCAAAAGGAGAAGCUUCUAGAAUGGAGCUUCUGCACUCUGGGGGAAGAGUCAAAGACAUCCAGAGUGUAUAUUUAGAUACUACUUUCUGUGACCCAAGGUUUUAUCAAAUCCCAAGUCGUGAGGAGUGUCUGAGUGGCAUUUUAGAGCUGGCUCGAAGCUGGAUCUCUAGGAGUCCGUACCACGUUGUGUGGUUGAACUGCAAAGCAGCUUACGGCUACGAGUAUUUAUUCACGAACCUUAGCGAGGAGCUGGGAGUCCAGGUUCAUGUGGACAAACUGGACAUGUUCAGAAACAUGCCCGACAUUCUCCAUCAUCUCACAACAGACCGUAACACUCAGAUACAUGCGUGUCGGCAUCCUAAGGCAGAGGAGUAUUUUCAGUGGAGUAAAUUACCCUGUGGAGUUACUUCCAAAAAUAAAAUUCCACUCCACACAAUCAGCAUUAAGCCAUCUACCAUGUGGUUUGGAGAGCGAACCAGGAAAACAAAUGUAAUUGUGAGGACUGGAGAAAGCUCAUACCGGGCUUGUUUUUCUUUUCACUCCUCCUACAGUGAGAUUAAAGAUUUUCUGGGCUACAUCUGCCCUGCAAAUGCAUAUCCAAACGUCAUUCCAGUAGGCUUAACUGUGGAUAAAGUCAUAGACAUUUUAAAGCCUUUAUGCCGAUCUUCCCAAAGUACUGAGCUGAAGUAUAAGCCACUUGGAAAACUGAAGAGAGCGAGACAAACCCAGCUAGACUCAGAGGAGGAAGAUGAACUCUUUGAUGACCCUCUUCCAACACCUUUAAGGCACAAAGUUCCAUACCAGCUAACUUGUCAUCCUGAGGUAUUUUCAAUGACUAGACUGUCAAAAAAGCAGCCUGAAAAACUACAACAAAGUAUAGAGUGCUACAAAAUAGAGAGUAUGCAAAGCUCUUUAUUAACCAACUUUCUAGACUGUGAAGAAUCCAACAGUGAAAGUGAAGAAGAACUUGAAAUUCCACCCUCAGCGCAGGGAGAUCUGGGCUCCGUGACAGCACCCCAGGAAAAGGCUGAUGUGGAAGUACCACAGUGGGAGGCAUUCUUCAGAAGAAAUGAUGAGAUCCCAGAGGAAAGCUUGGAAAACGUCCCUUCUUCCACAGAGAUAGGAGGAUCUCAGUCACCCAAGCUUUUUAGUGACUCUGAUGGCGAAUCAACCCACAUCUCUUCCCAGAAUUCUUCUCAGUCAACUCAUAUAACCGAUCAGGGAAGUCAGGGUUGGGACAGCCAAUCUGAUACAGUUUUAUUAUCUUCCCAAGAGAGAAAUAACAGGGAGACUACCUCUUUGGACAAAGGUGCCUACAGAACAAAAAUCAAAGAGAGUAUUUCUGGUUGUCAAAUGGAACAAAAUAUACUUGUUUCACAGGAAACUCACUCUGAUUUGAAAAGUAAAGAUGAAGUAAGUAUAGUUCCUAGUGUUGGAGAACCAACUCCUAUGGGUGGUGAGAAACACACACUUGAAGAAAAACCCAUGCUGACUAGCACACAUGCAGAUUCACAGAGCUCCUCUGAUUUUGAAAUUCCCUCAACUCCUGAAACUGAGCUACCUAAACAAGAGCAUUUACAGUCUUUAUAUGAAAAACUAGCAAUGGGUGAGAGCAUAGUAGUUAAAAAAAGAAAAUCCUCACUUUUAGAUAUUUAAGAAUUAAAACACUUGAUUUUUAGAGCAAUCAGUAGCAAAUCAUACAAAGUGCUGUUGCUUUGGAUAAAAAUGGAAUAUUUUUUAAAUGUUCAAAUAAUCUAAAAGGCAACAAAAGAACACAUGAGAAGGCAGAACUAAACCUAAUAUAAUGAAUGCAAACAAUGUGAUAUCAAUGAAAAAGACAAGAUUCAGGUAUAAUUCACAUGUGCUGUUUACAAUAAACUUAAUUCAUAUAAAGUUAAAAGGAUAGGCCAUGUGAACACUUUACAAUCUCCUAAUGGUAAGAGGUUUAGUUCACCAUGACACAAGAAUCCUAAGUAUAUUUACAUACAUAUACAUAUAAGUGCAUAUACAUGUACUUAACAGCUUUAAAAGACAUGAAACAAAAACUGAAAGGAGAAAUAGCCAAGCCUAGUAGUUCAGGCCUGAAAUACCAACUAUUUGGGAGGCUAAGAAAAGAGAUCCCAAGUUUAAGGCCAGCCUGGGGAAUUUAGUGAGCUUCUAUCUCAAAAAGUAAAAAGUCAGGGACUGGAGAGAUGUCUUAGCACUUAAGGCACUUGCCUGCAAAGCGAAAGAACCCAGGUUUG